UUUAGCUCGUGUACUGUUAAAAUGUUCUUAUUACCAUGGAUAAAAUGAACUCAUCAAAUAAUUGAUCAACCAUAGCAACAAUGAAACAUAUAAAUAGGCACAAUUUUCAUUUGGUUACUAAUAUUAGUGAAUAUGAAUUAUACUGACUGUAGGAUAAAAUUAAUUCAUUAAUCAUUUUCUUUAAAUUACGUAAUCAAAAGAGAAUUAUUAACCAAUCAGAUAAUGAGAGGAUUUGAUUACCAAUCAGUGAAUGAUUGAUUUAUCAUUACUAUUACUACUUAUAUAUGAGGUAAAACAAUAUUAGAUUGAAUGAUUAGGUUGUUUACUAUCUUUUAUUAAUAAUUUGAAAUGAUGCUACAUUGAAACAUUGAAAAGAAUUUAACUAUCGAAGUAUACACUUACAAUUUUGUAAUGGAUAUUAUUAUAAAUUUUCAAAGUCAAUUAAACAUUAGAAACUUUUUAUGUAAUGGAAUUUGUUAUAUCAAUUAAACAUAAAACUAAAUUAUCUUUUAACUGAUUGAUACCUUGGAUGUAAAUAAAUAAACACAAGGACUACAACUUUCUUUAAUCAUAUUAUUUUCCAGUGGUAGCAACGAUCAGAGGAUACAUAUAUACACGUGUAAACGCCCGUCAACUUAUUUCAUCUUUAUUGGGUCAUUUUUGAAAGCCAAGUUGACAAUCAUUCUGCUAUUAUAACAACAGAAUUGACAACUUUGAAAAAAAAAGAAUAUGGAACCCAAAUAUCUCAUGAAUUCCAUGGGUCAGUUCAUCAGUUUAAGACUUUUGUACAUUUCAUAUUUCUUCAUUCUUCUAAGCAUUAAUACAUCAUCUAUUAAAUGUGCAUGUUUACAAUUAACUGAAAAUGAUCGUCCUGUAUUAUUUUGUCAAUCAACAAUACCAUCUUUACCAAUUCCAAGAAAUGAUAUUCCAACAAAAAUUGCAAAACUUAUCAUUUCAGGAAUGAGUUCUACCGGUCAACAUAAUGGAAUUUUAACACGUGAUAAUCUAACUGGUCUAGAAACAUUGACAUAUCUUCAAAUAAGUAAUUUUGAUUUAAAAGAGAUUGAAUCACAUACAUUUUCAGCUAUGGAACAUUUACGUAUAUUAGAUUUAUCAAAAAAUCGAAUAAUAACAAUUAGAUCAGAAGCAUUUGCUGGACCAUCUUUAAAACUUCUCUCAUUAACUGAUAAUAAAGGUAUAAUUUUUGAUAGAACAUCAUUUUAUGGUGCUCAUGUUUUUCAUUUGGCAGCUCGGAACUGUGAUUUAACUUCAUUAGAUUACGAGACAAUAGCUAAGGCUAAACCGAAACAAUUAAGUUUAUCUGAUAAUAUCUUAACAUGGUUAGAUCCACAAUUUGCUGAACUUGUUAUAGAUCCUCCAAAGUCAAAAAUUCAUCAUUUAUCAACUGUUCCACCUCGUCCUAACCUUGGCUAUUUAGAUUUGAGCAAUAAUCCAUUAAAUUGUGAUUGCCAGCUUGUGUGGCUUUCAAGGCUGGUUGAAAGUCAGUCUUACGAUGCAUAUCAGUAUGUCACUGGUAAAGAUUUAAACAAUAAUGAUCAUAAAAAAGAUGUUACUGAUUGGUCAAAUUCACCAACAGAAUCAUCAAUUCGUUUAAUGCAACAUAUGAAUAUGACAUGUGCACAACCACCUGCCUUAGCUGGUAAAAAGUUACCACGUAGUUGGGAUUACUUUUGUCCAAUCCCAAGUAUAACUGGAAUUGAAAUAAAUAUGUUAAAAGCAAGUGCAGAUUUUGCUCAACUAACAUGUAUUGGCAAAGGAAGACCAACACCAAGUCUUGCAUGGACAUAUAAGAUACAUGGACAAAAAGUACAACAAAUUUUAGAUCCCUCAGUUAAACAAGGUUCCAAUGAUCAAUAUUUUAUGCAUUCUAUAAGUCAACCAUCUUUGAAUAUAUUACCAGGGGAUAAAAUGAUUGAACGAAAACUUGCAUUAAAUGUUAGCUUGAAUUCAGUAAAUAUUGAAAACUUCACAUGUACGAUAUGGAAUAAUGAUGGAAUACCAUCGAUCUCUUCGUUAUCUACUACACCACUGACUUCUUCGGAGAGUAUUGUUAACACAUUUAAACCUACAUCACUAAUUGUCCCAACAUCUGAUAAUCAUGAAACCAAAUUUCAAUAUUAUAGGCUUCAUGAAGUUACUGUACGUGUGUCUGGACCUCUACGAUCACCUGAAUUUACUAAUCCUAUAGUAAUUGGUGAGUCUUCAAGUUUGGACAGUCGUAAGCAACAUGCUUCAAAAGAUGACAAUGCUGAAGCUUCAUUGUCAUCAAUGACUACAACUUCACAGAUACUUGGUAAACAGACAACAAAUUCAUUUCAAGAAGAAAGUAAAGAGACAUAUGGUUAUUUAUUCAUAAAAAGAUUUACAUUAUUAGAAUUACUCGGUGCAGUCAUAGGAACAUUUAUUGCCACUUUAGCAUUAUUAUACUUGGCGACAAACUGUUUCUCCUGGUUUUGUCAAAUCAAUAAUCAUUUAUCAGCAAAAAAUCUACGCAAAUCACAUUUAGGAUCGCAUGGUAAGUGGUUUUCAUGGAUAAAUAGUAGCAACAAUAAUAAUGGCCAUCUGUUAAGAGGCACUAAGCAUCAGUCAGCUAUGAAUAAUAUUGGGUCGCAUCAUUCUAAUCAAAAUGGAAAUGGUUUAGAUGCUAAACUGUUACAGCAUGGAGAUUUGGAAACAACAUGUACCACAUUUGCUGAUACAGUGUUAGCAACCACUACUCCGAUGCCAUCGCAGUUUGGCUCAACAACUAUAUCGGCCCGUAGACCGAAUAUACCACAAGCGCUGUUACUCACAACUGUUCCAAACCCUCGUCUAGAAGCGAAUUCCACACCGCCACCGAAUCCAGCCUACUGGCCAAUGCCUGAAUAUGCUUAUUCAGGGGCAGGAAGUCAUGAAUACGAUGUACCCAGACCAUUAGAAACAUUUGUUGGUGAAAGGUGUAUUCUAAAACCUGGACUGACAGAAAAUAACAGUUUAAAUCCUAGUGCAGCACAAUCGUUUCUUAGCCUGGCUGCUCAGUCCUUAUUUCCCAUGAAUAAUACACAGUUAAAUCGUAACGAUAUCGGAAAUCAGCCAAAUAAUGGAAUCUUUCAAGCUUCUGCAAAUAUUGCACCUUUAACUAUGCAAUGGACGCAAACAAUGAAUCCAGUAAAUAAAACAUUAACAAUAAAUCCCAUCAUUUCAUGGCAACCGAAUUUAGUCGGUUCGCAUAAUUCAUCCAUCCUAACUGAUAGACAAACACAAAACAGUGGUUAUACGAACCAACCAUCGACACAAUCAAUAUUAUAUUCUGCAGAUUAUCCAACCUAUUUACAAACACGUCCAUAUCCACAUCAUAAAGAGCAGAGCCUACAACAACAACAGUUGAUUGAACUUAUGACGAAUUCUACUAGAAAUUACCAGUCAGAAAACUUUAUGAACACACCUGUGGAUAUGCUUAAUAGUCAUGAUUUACCGAGAAAAACUACCACUUGUAUACAAGAAAAUAAGGCUCAAAUGAAUGGAAUCAAUAGUUAGGACUAAUUUAGAUCAUAUUGUUAAAGCUCCUCCGAUAAAAAAUAAAUAUCAACUGUCUAUAUACUUAUAUAUAAACUUAACUCAAAGCAUUUUAUUAUGAAAGCAACUUUAUUGUAAAACAAACAAAACUUACUGUCUUCUUGAACAGUCAUAUUUAUGUAAAUGAACACACAAUCAACACAGAGAAAUGAUUUUUUUGUUAGAUUAAUCCAUUUGAAUUCAAUGAAACGACUGACAGAUACAAAAAAAAAGAUAUCUUCCUUUCUACAUCCAUUAGAAUUCUCCUCCUCCUCUCAUUGUAGACACGAAACUCUUGUUCUUACCUCAUGCUCAAAUAACUUUUAACUAUUCCAAAGUCUUUCCAAGUUAACUAACAGUUAUAUUCAAAUAAAAUCCAACUGUUUUAUGUAAUAAUAAACACUUCGCAUUCAUUUUUUGUCUACUACUUUAUUAUUAGUAGUCUAUAUAUAUAUUCAUAAAUUGUGAAAGUCAAAAAUUGAAUUUUUUUUAGUUAUCGAUAUAUUUCGACAAUCAUAAAUGAUAAUUAUAAAAGCAUAGUCUUUGAUUUGCGAAAAUUCUGAGACUUCUUUUGAAGAGAUAAGAAGGGGAUUGUAUAUCUAUUUGAAUACUAAAGAAAUUUCCAUAUUGUACUCAACAUGCAAUAUUGAAUAAAUCAGAAGGGGUUUUGUGGAGA